AUGAUCACUCACGGGCUUCUAGCUGCACUUGCAGCUUUGCUUCUCCCCGAAGUUACUAAUGCACAGGCCAUGUACUCCAAGAAUUCAGCUGUGCUUCAGGCGGAUGCACACAAUUACAACAAGCUUGUUACUAAGUCUAAUCAAGUUUCUAUUGUCGAAUUUUACGCUCCGUGGUGCGGCCAUUGUCAAAAUCUCAAGCCAAAGUAUGAAAAAGCGGCCAAAAGCUUGAGGGAUCUCGCACAGGUAGUUGCUGUUGAUUGCGACAAAGAGAGCAACAAGCCUUUGUGUGGAUCAAUGGGAAUCCAAGGCUUUCCAACCUUGAAGAUUGUCAAGCCUUCUAAGAAACCUGGGAAACCCAUCGUCGAAGAUUAUCAAGGCCCGAGAGAAUCAAAAGAUAUCGUCGAAAUCAUCAAGAACGCCAUUCCAAAUAAUGUCAAAAGGGUGGGAGACAAAAGCCUGUCUGACUGGUUGGAUAGCGAGAACUCUACAGCCAAGGCAGUCUUGUUCAGUGACAAGAGCGUCACGAGCGCACUCACUAAGGUUCUGGCCAAUGAAUUCUUGGGCAGCUUGAAAUUCGCCCAGAUAAGGAACAAAGAUGCAGCUGCCAACGAGAUGUUUGGGAUUAGCGAAUACCCCACUCUUCUCGUCCUGCCCGGCGGCACGCAAGAGCCGGUCGUAUAUGACGGUGCUUUUACUAAGGCUGCGAUGAAGGACUUCUUGUCUCAACAUACGACGCCGGAUGCCAAUACAUUGAAAAACAAGGUCAAAGAAAAAGUUAAAGAGACAGCGCAAAAAGUCAUGGGUACUGAUGAUACCGAGGAGCCGGUAAAGGCCGCUGAAUCAGAUGAGGCCUCGUUCUCAUCAGCUUCAGCUUCACAGCAAACAUCGGAAGCUUCUUCACAGCACACAUCGGAAGAUCCUUCAGCAGCGGCGUCGGAAGCUUCUUCAGCAGCGGCUUCAGCCACUGAGGAGACAUUAGCCGAUGAGAGUAACCCGACCGAAUCGCCUGAGCCCGCUGUGACUCCGGAGUCCAAGCCCAUUCAAAUCCAGCAUACAUUUGAGCCUAUCUCAGCGCUUGAGGAUCAGAAGGAAUUGCAAGCGAAGUGCUUGGGCGAGAAGACCUCAACAUGUGUUCUUGCUUUGCUGCCCGUUGCAGCUGAGAAUAUCGAGGAAGUCGCAAAUGACCCUUCGUUGAUAGCUUUGGUGAGCCUUGCGGAAGUAGCAGAGAAGCACAAAGAGCGUCAAGGCCAUCUGUUCCCAUUUUACUCCGUCCCUGCUUCAAAUGCCGGCGCUGAAGCCGUCCGAGGCGCACUGAAGCUUGGUGGGGAUAAAGAGUUGGAAAUCAUUGCGGUGAAUGGUCGGCGAGGAUGGUUUAGACGCUUUGAGACCGGCAAGUUCGAUAGCUUGUCUGUUGAGACCUGGAUUGACAAUAUUCGUUUUGGUGAAGGAACGAAAGGUAAGCUUCCUGAGGAGUUGCUGAAUGCUUCCUCAAGCACAUCUGAAGUGCCGGAGACCGAGUCAGCAACCAGUGAAGAGUCUAGUUCUGCACCCACCCACGGUGAGCUGUAA